AUGGAAACAAAUCGGGAUGAUCAGUCCAAUAAUAGUUCUAGUGUUUAUCUUCCUAAUGAAGUAAUUCAUAGAAUUUUCACUUUUUUACCUAUCAAGCAUGCUAUUUCUUCUUCUCUCGUUGCUAAACCAUUCCGAAAUUCAUGGUUAUAUGCUCGUAAUCUUUGUUUUGACAGAGCUUUUUGGAUAAAUUGUUUUAUGAGAGAUAGAGACCAGAUCUCAAUUAUGAAUAAUAUCAUAAGUAAUCAUUUGGGCAAGAGAAUUCAUAGUUUUCAGCUUUAUAUUCACGAGCCAAUAAAGUACUCAUCUUUUUUCAUAGCGUGGAUUCAACUUAUUGCAUCAAAGGGCCUAGAAGAGCUCAAGUUACAUCUAGUUGAACUUGAUCCUACUAAUGAGAUUUAUUACCAUGUGCCUUCUGCUUUCAUCAACAUUAAAACGCUCCGCAUUCUAAAACUGAUCAGUUGUGAAUUGCAUCUACCGCCAAAAUCAAAAGGUUUACGAUUCUUGAAAUCUCUUAGUCUAACUAAGGUUCGCGUCGUACCUUAUUUGAUUAAAAGGUUGUUUUCAAGAUGUGUGGUUCUUGAAUCUUUGGCUUUGGAGGGUUGUUCAUUUAUUGGUAAAGUUACAAUUAAAGGUUCGAACAGGUUUAGAACUCUUUUGAUUAGGAACUGUAGUGACAUAAUUUUGGUCACUGUUAAUAAUCCAAGUAUUAACACAUUUCAUUAUUGUGGUGAGAUUAACAAAAUUAAAUUUGUGGAUCCAAUAAGCUUAAAGGAUGUGAUAUUGAAUUUUGGGGCCACAACGGAGCUUCAACAUAUAAGGGAAAGGGAUAAUUUGAUGGAAGCCUUAAGAAAUGUGCAAACUCUCUCAAUCAUCAAUGUUCUUCUUGAGGGGCUUUCUCCUAGAUUUGUGGAUUUUGAGUACAGAGAUAUGGAGUACUAUCUUCCUAAUUUGAAGGAACUUCAAUUGGUGAGACGUGGAUUGAGCUUUAUCAACCCUUGGGAUAUUCUUUCUUUUGUCAAGAAUUGUCCCCAAAUUGAGAGACUCUUUCUUGAUCUUGGUAAUUAUCCAAUGGAAGCUGGAAGUUAUUGGAACUUAGUGGCAAAGGAAAAAUUUGAGAAUUGCCAAGCAGAAUUCCCACAACUCAAGCUAUUGAAGGUGAAAGGAUUCAAGAAACUUGAGCUUGAAGAUAAAUUGGUGAAUUUUUUCUUAUUGCAUGCGAGGUUCUUGGAGUCUUUGAUUAUAGUUAAAUCAAAGAAAAAUCAUCUAGAAAUUAAACUAAGUGAUACCAUUACAGUUUCAAAGGUAGUUACUAUUUCUACCUAUAAUCACAAUAAGGAUGAAAGUUUUGCUUUCCCUAAACAUAGAGUCUUGUAA